UUUUUCAAAAUUCAAGUUUUAAUUGUGCAUUCCAAUUAAUAUCAAUCAAUCUGUUCGUUUUUUAUUGUGUUUAUUAAGUAACAAUAACUUAAUUUAUUACAGAAUAAAACACAAUAAACAACAUGACUUUUUUUAGUAAAGUGCCAGAAAACUUAAUGAAACACUCUGAGCACAAACAUUAAGGAGUCAUAAAAUAAGCACAGACAUGCCCAAUAUAUUGAAGAGUUUCUCCUAAAUCAGCAUGUUAGGAGCUUAUUUUAGCCGUAAGAUGUUUUGUGAAAACGGGCCCAGAUGAAUUGUAUACAAUAACAUGACAUAUUUCUAUCAUAAGUAAACUUUAUAAACCUUGACAGACAAAUAACAGGCUUGUUCGACUCCGCAAGAACAUCCACAGUCGGAUGACGUCACUUCUUAGCUAACGGCGGAUUGUUAACAACUGUUAGCUGCAAACGGCCAUAACAUCACGUCAUUUUAAGUGUCCUCAUAUUCUGCUUAUUAAGCCCGUAUCAUAAAUUAAUUUAAAUAAUGCUUUCCUGGUUAUCCUUAUCCCCCCUCCCUCUCCUUCUGUUCCUAGUAUCCCCAUCAGACUGCACUCCCGCCUGCCUCCUGAAACACGCAUGACAUCACAUUACCGCGAGAGCGAUUUAAAAGCGUAUGGAGCGAUCGGCUCUCGACUCACUCUCGCGGUAAUGUGAUGUCAUCUGCUUGAAGAUUAUUGCGGUUCCGAAGUCGAACACACCGGUUAACGUAACGUGACUUGUAGAUCUACAGGUCCAGAGGAUAAUGAUGUUAAUUAAUCAAUCAAUCAAUCAGAAAGGGGGCGGAUCCGCACAAAUAGACAGCUUUAUAAAUGACAGAUUGACUUCUGGUGUGUUAUCAUGGCUUUUUGCGAAGGUUUGUGAUGAUGGAGUUCUUUCGCGCUGUGAUCUUCACGCUUCUGUUCAUUGUUUCUCUAUGUGACGCCUGGAGUGACUCGAGGCAACAGAAGCCGGCGGCUCUCUGGAACCCUCUACUGAUGUCUCCUCAGCAUCCCUCUCCUCAGCAUCCCUCUCCUCAGCAUCCCUCUCCUCCAGCCUCUGACUCCAGAAGACUCGCACAAGAUCUUCAAGGAGUUCAAUCUAAGCAGCUGUCAGAGGGUCUCGUGAAUCCGCUGGUCUGGAGGUUUCCUGUGGCUCCUGAGGUCCAGACUGAUGUGGCGGUGGGUUUUGAGCAGAGACAGCCCGUGACACCCCGCACCGUCGCCGUUCUGUGUGGCGAGAGCGCCGUUCUCGUCGAGGUCAAGCAGGAUUUGUUUGGUACCGGUCAGUUAAUCCGGCCCUCCGGUCUUUCGCUGGGCGGGUGUCCGGUGUUCGGUGAAGACUUCGAGUCGAAGGUGUUGAUGUUCGUUUAUGAGCUCCAUGAAUGCGGAAGCGUGUUGAUGAUGAAAGAAAAUAUGCUGGUCUACUCGUUUGUGCUCACGUACACUCCUGAGCCGUUCACGGGCACAUCUAUAAACCGAGCUGAAGGAGCGGUCAUUGGCAUUCAAUGUCAUUAUCAGAGGAAACAGGAUGUGAGCAGUAACGUCUUGAUGCCGACAUGGGCCCCUUACGCCUCCAUGCGGGUCGGGCAAGAAGUUCUGCCGUUCUCCUUGAAGCUCAUGACGGAUGACUGGACGUACCAGAGGCCAUCAAACCUUUACUAUCUGGGUGAUCUCAUUAACAUCGAGGCGUCUGUGAAGGUUUACAAUCACGGUCCCCUGCGGGUGUUUGUGGACAGCUGUGUGGCCAGUCAGACGCCCGACGUGAGGGUUCCGCCAACGUACUCUUUGAUUGAGAAUAAUGGGUGCUUUGUGGAUGCCAGGAACACCGGCUCCAGGUCUGUGUUUCUUCCUCAGUCUCGCAGUGAUGUGCUUCAUUUUCAGCUGGAGGCGUUUAUGUUCCAGCAGGGAGAACAUCCAUAUAUUUACAUCACAUGUGUCCUGAGAGCCACUCUUGCCUCCGCGCCCUGUGAUGCCCGACACAAGUCUUGUUCUUUCUCUGGCGACAGGUGGUUUGCUGCUGAUGGAAACGAUCAAGUUUGUGGUUGUUGCGAUUCGACAUGCGGCCCAGAGAUGACAUCUACAGGUGUUCAGUGGGAAGGUCAGGUGUCCCUCAGUCCCCUCGAGGUUCAGGAACGACAGAAGCUUGGUUUUCAAUAAAACUGGAAAAAGAUUUAUGGUUGUCUUUUAUACACAAGAAUCUCACCCUCUGCUGCUUGUCUAGUCAUGGACUUGAAGGCAGGGCAGGUGAUCCUGUACAGAAACAGUCAUGUUGGGUGGAAAUCUUUUUACAUCCUUAAAGUGGUGAAAUAAAAUGUAUAAUUUUGUCAUCUGUCAAAGGUGUAGGACCCAUAACGUUCAGGCCGAACACUGUCUGGUCAUGUGUACAUUUGCAUCCAACUGCAGUUCACAUGCACAUCAUGUCAUCAGUGCCCUCACGUCCCAUGUCAAUGUAGGGAGACCAGCACACAUUUAAACUUUCCUGCAGAACCAACAAAGUAAAUCCACAAAACGAAAGUCAGUUUUUGAGAAACCUGUGACAGACAUCUGGAGAAUGAAAGAGGAACAACUCUAAAUAUUUGUUGAUCUUUUAAAUGAGAAGGCUGAAAAACGAGACUAUGGCUCUUUUGGACUGGUAUGAACAUGCUUCCAGAAGAGUUAAUCAAUUUAGUUUAAUUUGUUACUUGGGUUUACAAUAAACAUUCAUGUGUUUGGAGGUGUAACUUUGGAGAGCGACUUGCAUAGAGGGUGGGAUUAUAAUUUCAGUGCUGCACCUCCAAAUCAACCACUCCACCUUUAACUGAAAUUACCCACGACACACUGCGAGAUGCAUUUGGGUGACGCUGCACUGCAUUAAUAUACAAGAGAUUCUUAUUGAAUUGUACAGUAAAUGGUAUGGUGUGGUUUCCUUAUGUCCAUACUGAUAGCAACUUGCACUGACCUCAGUACUUUUGUUGUCUCGAUGCACAAGUAGUGUUUAAAGGCAUGUUUGAUUACACAAAAGCCUAGUCCUGGUUUUAAGAAUCCCUGUCUGGGAAAUCACCCCUACAUGAGCGAGCUGUACUGGGAUGCGUCUCCUAACCAUCACAUUGUCUCUAGGAAACAGUGCUGACGUCUGUUUGACCCUGACUCGUGUGUACUGUUACUGCACACUAAAGUAUAUACUUUUCCACAGAAACAAUACUCCACUCUAGUGCUAUAGGCCGUCUGGCACCCUCAUGGUUUUAAAUCUGUAUGCGAAUCUUUCAUGGAUCACGAUAUUUUGAGAAACGUCUG